CAAAAGGUAGGAUUCCGCAAGAGGUCGUUGUAUUACUUCCGUCGACAACUGGGGAACUGUCAAGAUGAAAGUCUGUGUGUUUUUACUGUUUUCUGCAAUAAUUUGCGUUAAUGCAGAGUUGCCAAAGAUCAGAUUUGAGUACAAAUACAGUUUCAAGGGACCGCAUAUUGUGCAGAAAGAUCGCAGCGUGCCAUUCUGGGAAUAUCAAGGAGAUGCCAUAGCCAGUGAUGACAACAUUCGAAUCACCCCAUCACUCAGAAGUAAAAAAGGCUCUGUUUGGACAAAGAGUGCAGCUAAUUUUGAGAACUGGUCAGUUGAAGUUGUCUUCAAAGUCACAGGAAGGGGAAGAGUAGGGGCAGAUGGACUGGCUGUCUGGUUCACAGAGAUGAAGGGUAUAGAGGGACCUGUGUUCGGAAGCAACGACUACUGGAAAGGCUUGGCUGUGUUCUUUGAUUCAUUUGACAAUGACGGACAGAACAACCCUAGUAACAUGGCUGGCUCUGACCCUUCUCGAGGAAUUCACAACAACCCCUACAUCAUGGCCAUGGUGAACGACGGAACAAAACAAUACGAGCAUCAAAAUGACGGUAUCAACCAGCAGCUGGGCGGCUGUAUGAGAGACUUCAGAAACAAGCCAUUCCCCAUCAGGGCCAAGAUUGAGUACUACCAGCAUGUCCUUACUGUGUUUUUCAACAGUGGUCUCACAAACAACAAGGAUGAUUUUGAGCUCUGUCUCCGAGCAGAGAACGUGAUCCUGCCUAAGUCUGGCUACUUUGGUGUGAGUGCUGCCACUGGGGGACUUGCAGAUGACCAUGAUGUGCUAGCCUUCCUCACCCACUCCCUGGUGCCCCCGGGACAGAAGGUGGAGUCCCGGAUAGACGAGACUGAGAAAGCCAAGUUUGACAAAGAAUUUGAUCAGUACUACGAGCAGUUGGAGAAACAGAAGAAAGAAUACCAGCAGCAACAUCCAGACAAGCAGGAACACUUUGAGAACCCAGAGAACGCGUACGAGAACCAGGCAGACCGCGAAUUGAGGAUGAUCUUUGAAGGCCAGAACUUCAUUCAUCAGACUCUGAAGGAGCUCGGCAAGAGGUUUGAUGAGCUGCUGGGUCGGCAGGAGUUGGUGCUGUCUAGAGUCUCACAGAUGUCUCAGGGGGGCGUGGCGGUACCUCAGGGAGGGGCUCAACAGGGUGGGGCAGUACCAAUGAUUGACACAAUCAAGAGACAUGAGGUGGACAGAGUGCUCAACACACAGAAUGAACUCAUACAGGAGGCCAGACAGAUCAGGAACAUAGUAAAUGAUGUACAACAGCGAGCCAACAUCAUUCAGAACAGCAUGGGUCAGGGAGGACAGCAGGUGCAGCAUGGGGGCGGGGCAGGGGGCGGGGUCAACCCUCAGAUGGCGCUAGUCAUGCAUGAGCUGCAGGAGAACCUGCGUCUUGUGAAGACCGACGUGGCUCACAUGCUCAACAGGCCCCAGGGUGCUGGAGGGUGUCCAUUGCCACCACCUUGCCUUUCCUCAAGUGUCUUUUUUGUUGCCAUAGCAAUACAGCUGGCUAUUCUUAUAGGUUACAUGGUGUAUAGACAAAACAAAGAGAACCAGGCCAAAAAGUUCUUCUAGACUGCAUCACCACUAGUAACAGCUAAUUAAUGUAUCGCUGAUGUCAGAGGCUCACAUCCCCUUAGCAAGAAUAACAGACUCCAUGGAACCUCGGUAGAACCUGUCAGACACAUUGAUUAGGAAGGAUUGUUGUCAGAAAUUAGGUCAAUCUGUCAGAUAUGCAUGCUUGUUGCAUGUGAUUAUUUCAAAGUAUCGGGUACAUGACAGACAUCAGGUCUGUCAGAUUAUUUUUUCAUCAGAUUUGUCAGACUUUUUGACAGGUUUCUUGGAGUCUGGGAGGGUACAUUAUUAUACCCCCACAAACGAAGUUUAGGGGGGUAUAUAGGAGUGAACUUGUCUGUUGGUCGGUCUGUAUUAAGUGUCCGCUCUCUAAUUUAAGUAGUUUUCAUCAGAUCUUCACCAAACUUGGUCAGAAGUUGUAUCUACAUGAUGUCUAGGCCAAGUUCGAACAUGGGCCUUGCCGGGUCAAAAACUAGGUCACAGGGUCACUUAGUGCGUUUUAAACAUUCAGCAUGUUGUCCGCUCUCUAAUUCAAGUAGUUUUCAUCCCAUCUUCACCAAACUUGGUCAGAAGUUUUAUCUAGAUGAUCUGAAGGCCAAGUUCGAACAUGGGCCAUGCCAGAUCAAAAACUAGGUCACAGGGUCACUUAGUACGUUUUACACAUUGAGCAUGGUGUCCGCUCUCUAUUUCAAGUAGUUUAAAUCCGAUCUUCAUCACACUUGGUCAGAAGUUGUAACUUGAUAAUGUCUAGGGCAAAUUUGAAUAUGGGUCAUGCUGGGUCAAAAACAAGGUCACGGGGUCAUUUAGUGCGUUUUAAACAGCACAAUGUUGUCCGCUCUCUAAUUCAAGUAGUUUUCAUCCAAUCUUCACCAAACUUGGUAAGAAGUUGUAUCUAGAUGAUGUCUUGGUCAAGUUUGAAUAUGGGUCAUGCCAGGUCAAAAACUAGGUCACGGGGUAUCGUAGUGUGUUUUAAACCUCACCAUGUUGUCCGCUCUCUAAUUCAAGUAGUUUUCAUCCAAUCCUCACCAAACUUCGUCACAAGUUUUAUCUAAAUGAUCUCUAGGACAAGUUUAAACAUGGGUCAUUUAGGGCCUAAAACUAGGUCAAGGGGUCACUUAGUGCAUUUUUUAACAUUCAGCAUGGUGUCUCCUCUCUAAUUCAAGUAGUUUACAUCCGAUCUUCACCAAACUUGGUCAGAUGUUUUAUGGAGAUGAUCUUAAGGCCAAGUUAGAACAUGGGCCUUUCUGGGUCAAAAACUAGGUCAAGGGGUCAUGUGGGGGUAUUCGUCACGUCUAUGACAAAGCUCUUGUUUAAUAUUGUUUUUUUUUAUAUUUUAUAUAUUUCAGAUAUAUUAAGUUGUUUAAACGUAAAUCAGUUAUCUAUUUGUGAUAUUUAUAAGACUAUAUGACUUUUAUUCAGACCAGAGCUACAAGCUAGCAUUUUGAAAUUUGAUAUGCUUAUCGUAUCAUAACUGGUAUAAUAUAUGUAUUUUAAAUCAAACAUAUUUUUUCUGGAUAUUUGCAAUUGAUAACAGUGCAGGGUUAAAUUGUGAUUCUGAGACUGGCAAUGCAUUCUUUAGCUUGUUCAACAUGUAUAGAAAUCUAUAGAUCUAUUUUUAAAUUUAUCAUUCAGACAUCAUUUUGAUCUCUGUGAAGAUCUUCAUUCAAUGUCCUAGACUUAACAGAUAAUUGUUGCUGAGGGUUUGUUGUAAAUACUUGUUGAAUGGAUGGUAAGGUGUCUUUUUUUUUAAAGCACUGUGCAAAACAUUUAUUUAAAUGAUUAAUUAUAUAUUAUUGAAAGUGCAUCUGCAUUUUUUUCUCAAUACCAUUAGGUCUUUUUAUGUUUUGUUUUUAAUUGAGUGUCACUUCAAAUAAAAACCUGUUUUGAUUAGGAAAUAUUAUAUAAUAAAUAAUGAGCUUCUUUGAUAAUUUAAUGGGUGUGUAGAAAAAAAUGUCUUAAUAUUUACUGCUUUAAGCUAAUUUUUACAUUUCUUUAAUUCUCCUGGUGGAUAGUUUCAUAUGGUAUCAAUAUAUGGUAUUACUAUUGUGUGUGUUUGUGUGUGUGUUUUAUUUUAGCAGCAACCAACAAAUGUACUUUUCUUGGCAGAUAUAUACAUCAAAAUAUUGAGAUUACCUAAAGAAUCAAAAAAUAAUUGUGUUAUUCAAAGAAAUGUGUUUAGAAUUAGCUGACUAUUUUAUUGUAUACAUCAAAACUGAUGAAAAGGUGUUCCAAAGCUUGAUGGCUAAAUUUGGUGUACAAUUCUUUAUAGGUAUAAAUUUAUAUAUGCUUGUUAAGGUUUGAUGUACAUAAGCUAAUAUUUAAAUUAUGUACUUGUUAAAAGUUGAUGUAAAUAAGCUUUUUUUAUGUAAGUUGCCUUGUAAGUAGUAAAAUUAUUUCCGUAAGAACAAAUUUUACUUUGUCACUAUUUUGUGUUAGCAUUUAUGAUUCUGCAAUUUAUCUUAUUGAUAUCGUCAUCCCUCUACUACUCUGAAGCAAAGUGAACAUUGUUUUAUGUAACCAGUAUAAAACAAGAGCAGCCUGCAAGUAAUUCAGGUUUUAUGCUAUAUGCUGCUCAUCAGUAUCUUAGGCAAGGAUAAUAAGUCUUUAAAGCUGGAAUAUCUUAAGAAUAGUCUUUAAUAUAUAAUUGGAACUUCUAGGGGACAUCAAACAUGUCAAUAUGAAUAUCUGAGUAAAUGGUUGAAAGAACAGUAUGUUAUUAAAAGAAACUUUAAAUUAGUCAGGCAUUUUAUUUUUUAAGUGAAUGAAAAUUAACAAUACAAAUAUGUGUUGGUUUAAAAAUUUAAACAGAUGUUCCUUUCUACUGUAACAUAUUUAAUACACUUUGUUUUAGGUAAGCAUUGUUCACAAUCACUAAACAUGACUAUGCAUUGUACUACCAAAGUAAAUAAUUUCACUACUUUCAGGGAUGAUUGUUUAAGCUGUGUGUGGUGGAAGGUUUUAUCCUACUCUUUAUGGCUUUGUCUUGCACACUGUAAAUCAUUCCAUGUUUAAAUGUCAUAUGAUUAUCAUAAAAUAUGUUACUUGUACAACCAUGUUUCAAAAGUAUUACACAAUGUACAUGUCCUGAUUUGCUGCCAUUAAUGCCACGUAUUUCAUAAUUGUUCAUAUAGUGCUUGGUAGUUGGUAAAUUAUUAAAUAUGAAUAAUGGAGUGCUAUUUUGUGGUACAUCAACUCUUGAUAUUGGUUUUGGGCUUAUCAACGUGUAAUACCGAUGAUAUGAUGGUAUUAUUUUUAAAGAUCUUUUUCAUAAUUAUGUAUGAAACAGUUGCUUAACUUUCUUAAUAUCAACCACUCAGGAUAAUACAUAUGCAUUUGUAAGUCUUGUAUAUAUUUUGGACAUUUGUCGCAGUAUUGAAAACAUAGUCAUGAGUGAAUGCAGUGCUAUGACUACUGAUUCUCAUUCUGCAAAAACUGGGCUCCAUGCAUGUGCGUUAAUAGUCUGCACAUGAUAAUCAGGGGCGACACUGUCUGCUAUUAUGGAAUUUUUUCGCUUAAAGUUAGUCUUUUAUAACAGUAAAUCCACUUAAAGCGGAAACAGUCAUCCCUGGUUUUUUCGGACUUCAAAGGCUAAUCUAGGAUGACACUAUAAGCACAUGCAUCAAGCCCAGUUUUCCCAGAACGAGGCUCAUAUUAUUGCAUGUUUUUUAAGGCUUGCUUUUGAAUCCCAAUAGGUCAUCACGAUUCGGUCUACAUAUUUGAUUUCCUAGAAAAAAAAUGACUUAAAAUAUGGUCUUUAGUAAGGGAACAUACUGUUAAUAUAUUCUUUUAAAUCACACACUGAAUGAACAUAUGUUUUUAAUGUGAUACAAAAUAGAUAAUGUAUGGGUGAGCCUUUUGUUUUGAAAUUGCAGUAAUACAAUUAAGAUAUGUCCAAAAAAUUCAACAUUUGUUAAAUAGGCUCCUAAGGAUCAAGUUUCUCGUAUAAGUUAUGUAUAUUAUGUUAUUUAUUAGAUGCAUCGCAAAUACAAAACUAAUAUAUUCAAGUGUUCACAAAUAAUACAUAUGUAUGGUUUUGCAAUAAUUUUAAUUACAUGUAUGAGUUUCUGUAUGCCUUCACACAUGUUUUUAUUGUGCCACUCCAUGUCAAGCAGAAACUGUUCUGUAUAAGUUGUUAAUUCCUGUGGUUUGGUGCUUUAUCGUUACACAUUCCGUAUUCUGAACAUAGGUGCUGCUCAAAGAAAUAUUGAUUAACCCCACACAGUUUAUUAUUAUUAUAAUUUAGUUCCUAUGAUGCUUCGAAGAGUUCAGUUGAAUGAUAAAACACUAACGAGAAAUGAGCAUUAUCAAAGAUUACAUGCGGUGGUGUAUUAUUGUUUUGGGAAAAGUUACAUAGAAUGUAUGUGUGUUGUCAGAUAUAUUAUUUAAAUAUUUCUAAUGUAAAGACAAUAUUUUUACAUGGUCUUUUAUAUUAUUAAAUAAAAACAAAAUGAGCUCAAAUUUCAUUCAUUUUAAACAAAACGAGUGUUUAGUUUAAUUCUCACUGUAUUCUAAAUAAAUAAUCUAGAUUUCGAGCAGCAUAUUUUGUUGAAUUUGUUGUGUUUGCAUAUGGACUAUUUUCUUUAUGCUUUUGACUAGUCAAUCUGUCAUUUAAAUCUGUACUAUAUUAUGUAGAUAUGUGUUUGUGUAUUUCUGACACAUAAAAAGGUAUAAAUAAACAAAUUAACAUAUUUAA